ACACCAUAAAUCCCUUUACUUCCUAUAUUAGUCCCCUAUGCACCAAAGGCAUCCUACACCAUUACAUUACUUCCCUUCUUCCCUUGUUGCAGGAAAUAACCAGAAGAAAUGGAACAAGAUCCACCAUCAACCUUCAUCCGCCCUUGCAAACGCCAAGACAACCUUGCCUCCAGCUCUCGUCCUCUCAUUCCCGGCCCAGCUGGCGCCGUCCAGGCCGCCAUGAUUCACCGCAGAUCCACCGACGACAAACCAAACAUUUCAACCCAACAAUUCGUUAGGCAAGUCCUCCAAGACGGCCACGACACCGAUCCCGAUUUCCAAUCCAAUGCUUGGCUUUCAGCCCUGCAAUUAAACGGAUCUGCCACUCCUCUGGGCGCAAUCACUCACCAUCAUGAAAGAGUAGAUCACGUCAUCGGUGUUAUCAAAUCCUGCAAUCCCAAUGGGUUUGGAGAUGCAACAGUUACACUCAAGGACCCUACGGGCACUGUUGGCGCUAGUAUCCAUCACAAGGUCUUCACUGAAAGCGUAUUUGCGAAAGACAUAACUGUUGGAUCUGUUCUGCUUCUCCAAAAGGUCGCUGUGUUCUCUCCUAGAAAGUCUAAUUGUUAUCUGAAUAUAACCUUGUCCAAUGUAGUCAAGGUAUUUUCAAAGGACAGUGCACCUCCACCUGGAAGCUUCACAAACAUAACAGAAGAUUAAUAUUAGUUCUUUACUAAUCUAUAUUAAGGACUAUUUGUGUAACUUUUGAAAUGCUGAACUUAGAUUUCGUAUUGUUAUUUUGCUUUACUUUUCUAAUGCUUAACUUGGAUUAUUGUAUUGUAAUUUUGUUUAAAUUGGAUUAUGUAACUUUUCAAUUUUAAAGUCAUGUUAUAUUUGCUGCAAUUGGACUAAAGUCAUGUUAUUUUAACUGUAAUUAAAGAAUCCGAAGGUUUAACUCUCGGACUAGUCCAGAACAUCAACCUCUGGACUGGUAUGGAGGUUUAAGUCCCGGAGGGUAUUCCCGGCAUUUUUUUAAAAAGACUAGGGUGGCAAUUCUAAACCCAGGGGUGGGAAAUCUAAUUCCCGAGAAGCCUGUCUUGUAUUCUACAUUCCAUGUAAAGUAACUCAGUUUCUAUCCUUAAGGUAAAAAAAAAAAAGAAACACAAAAGCUCAUACACAAUCUACAAAGAAUAAGAAUCUUAUGUCUUACCCUUUCCACAGAGUCAAGUGCCUUGACUCCAGCAAUCUUGAGACUAUCUGUAAUAUCUUCAAGUGGUUUAUGUACUUCUCUUACUGCCUUAUUGUCAAUAGGAAGAGCAUAUCUCAACAGAGCCCCAGGGUCCUUGAUUGGGGGUCCGGAUAUCAAUACAGACAAAUCAUAUAACACCGGGCUAGCUGCAUUGGCAUCGAUAGGCCACCCCAAUGUAGGAACUCCAGUUACUAAUCCAACUGCUAAUGCUAUUGAUACCGCACAAUGCUUUAA